GUCGCCACCCGCAGCAGAGAGCGCUCACGGCGACCUCGACCUCUCGCCGGAGGCGGCGAGGAUGCUCCGCGAGAUGGCGGUGCGGGGUCGCGAGGAGGGAGGGGAGCCCGAUCUGUCGGACGAGCAGCUGCGCUCCAACGACCAGCUUCCAGCAAGACGAGAUGUUAGUGCUGGAGGCAAUUUAUGGAGACAAGAUAUGCAUUUUUGGUGAAAAGGCUGGACUGCGGUCUUUCCAGAUACAGGUGCAUUGUGAAAUUCCAGAUGGUAUCAAUGUAUCUGUACAAGCAUUCCAGGGUGUUGAUGAUGAUGACCCGAAGAGCCAGUUCCUUGAAAACUUUAGUGUCGAGCACUUGGCUACACUAUCACUGACAUGCCUCAUGCCUCCAUCGUACCCAAGCCAUCAUCCUCCAUACUUCACUCUCGGUGUACAAUGGUUGGAUAACGUGAAGGUUUCCUCUCUUUGUCACAUGCUUGACUCUAUCUGGGCCGAGCAACCUGGACAAGAAGUUGUUUAUGGGUGGGUGCAAUGGCUGCAGAGCUCUAUGCUUUCUCAUCUUGGUUUUCAUGAUGGAUUAGUCAUACAACAGGCUGAUGAUAGUAUGGUGCGUCCUGUGGAUGUUCGGGUUGUUCAAGAGAUUGUGUCCGCAGAGUCUGUUGUUGAACGGUUGAUCAGCUACAAUGAGGAGCAAUGUCAUGAAUCCUUUCUCCACAGGCUUCAUGCCUGCAUGAUUUGCUUCAGUGAGUACACAGGUGUUGAUUUUGUAAAGCUUCCAUGCCAUCAUUACUUUUGCCAGAGGUGCAUGGAGACUUACUCGAGGAUUCAUGUCAAGAGUACAUUGGUUUGGGGUUUUGGUAGUCAUCUUCUUAUUUGGAGAUGGCAUGUCUAUAAUAAAUAAUCUUCGUUCCUUCAUUCGACGGCGAAAUCUUAUUCCCGAUGUCAAUGGUGGUGUUGGAAGAUUAAAUUUGUCUAAGUAUGGUCCUUCAGAUCUUUAUUUGUGAGAUUGGUUUUGGAUUUUUUUUCUCAUGGUCGAUGUGUGGAGGAUUGCCCUCCCAAUAUGUGUCCCGGCUGAUACGUUCUCGGCAAUAGCGAUUCGUACUCUCGACUCCCAACGAUGUCAACCUGGUUGUUUGAUUUUUUUUCUCCUUGGAAUACCGUGUUGGUACUCUUGCCGAUGUUGGUUGAAUACUUUAAUGAUGGUGUGUGCAUAUCUCAGCCUUGGCAUUGCGGAUCAAAUUAAAAACAAUA